AUGCUUUAUUUGGUUGGUCUAGGCUUGUCCUACAAGUCUGAUAUUACUCUACGUGGUUUAGAAGCAGUUAGAAAAUGUUCUAGAGUGUAUUUAGAGCACUAUACAAGUAUUCUCAUGGCAGCUUCACAAGAAGAGUUAGAAUCAUUUUAUGGAAAGCCUAUUAUCUUGGCUGAUAGAGAAUUGGUUGAAAGUGGAUCUGAUAAAAUUUUGGCCAAUGCUGACAAGGAAGAUGUUGCCUUCUUAGUGGUUGGUGAUCCAUUAGGUGCUACUACUCAUACGGAUUUGGUUCUUAGAGCCAAACGUCAAAAUAUUGCCGUAGACAUCGUUCACAAUGCAUCAAUUAUGAACGCCGUGGGCUCCUGCGGAUUACAAUUGUACCAAUUUGGACAAACCAUUUCAAUGGUCUUCUUUACUGAUAACUGGAGACCUGAUUCUUGGUACGAUAAGAUCAUGGAGAAUAGAAGGAUUGGAUUACACACUUUAGUGCUUUUAGAUAUCAAGGUCAAAGAACAGAGUAUUGAAAACAUGGCUAGAGGUAGACUCAUCUUUGAACCACCUAGAUACAUGUCAAUCUCCCAAUGUUGUGAACAAUUGCUUGAAAUCGAGGAGAAAAGAGGUACAAAGGCUUAUACUCCAAAUACACCUGUAGUAGCAGUUAGUAGACUAGGUUCAGCUUCUCAGCAGUUCAAAGCGGGUACUAUUGAGGAAUUGUCUCAAUACGAUGCAGGCGAACCAUUGCAUUCGUUGGUGAUCCUAGGAAGACAGUGCCAUGAACUUGAAUUGGAAUACUUGUUGGAAUUUGCAGAUGACAAGGAAAAAUUAAGAGCUGAUGUCCUGGCUGACCAAGAGUAUUUCAAACCUGCACCUUGGGUGCCGCCCGCCGAAGAAGAGGACAGCGAGUAA